AUGGAGCAAAAGUCCGAAAUGGACGAGCAACAGUACAAGCUACAAGAGGUCAGCAAGAAAGACAAAAUGGCAAUGACGCUUUUCAAACGACCAACACCAACCGGCCCCCUCCAAACGCUACCCGUCGAGGUCCAAGCAAUGCUCUUUCAGCACCUCCCUCCCGCGACCCAGCGAAUCCUCGGCGCAACAAGCAAAACGCUCUACGAACUCUGGAAGAAAUUCCACUUCGAGCCUCUGAUCCGAGUCCACAUGGAUGAGGUGUACCCGUACACACUUAUCACCACCUUCGAUUACCGCCAGAUCCUCAAAGGGUGGACGGAUCCUAGGCUCGUCUUGAAAAGAAAUAAUGAAGUGGUCACGGAAUUGCAGAUUGAGGAAGGUAAUUACUACUUUGAAUGUGCGUUCAAAACGCAUGGUAAGACUACGUCGCGUUUUGGGAAUUUGCCGAUGGGUGCUGAACGUCCGAGGAUGUAUGAGGGGGAAAUCGGGUAUGGAUUCGUGGUUAUUGAGCAUGAGAGUUUGGUGGAGGAGAUACAUGAGCAUGAUGAGGAGAUUCUUGCUACUUUUGAGGAUAAUUAUGAACCGUUGUUUUGAGGGUUCUUUGGGCAGGUGUAAGUGGAGGUUUUUCGGUGUAAUGGGAAUCCUGUAAGAAUAGAACAGAGCUAGUUCUGGGAAAGAGUUGUGAGGAAGAGCUUUUUGCUCGGUUUGAUGAUGUUCUUUGUAAUGAGUAGAUGAAGCAAAUAUCUUAGGGUUCCUCGUCUAGAGGAGGGAUUAAUCAAAU